AUAGCAUAGUCCUCACAGGGUAGACCGCAUCUCUCCGAAACACACUCACAAGCCAAACACUAAAAUCCUUUCAAACUACGACAGACGACAAUCCUUUAGCAAAGAUGGGGCCCGGAUUGUUCUGGAACUUUACAUCCAAGACUAGCUGCACGGUUCCACAGAGCCUGCUGCAGACAAUGUUGCUCUCCAGGAUGGCUGGCAUGAAGGAUCAGCAUUUCACUGAAGAGAAACCACUACUGCCAGAAUCCAGGGGACAGGAAACAGAGAUGGCCAAAGGACAGUGUGUGCACGCGCUGCCCUCUGCUACGCCCUGCCCCAACUCAGCACGCCCCCCCAAACGCUGGCAUGCGAUCGCCCGACACUGGCUCGGCAUGACGCGCCGUCGGACCAGCGGGUACAUCUCGGAAAACUGUGAGACCUUCAUUGCUGCAGGAGAUUGGAAGGAACACGACGUUGAAACCCCUUAUGGGAUGUUGCACGUGGUGAUCCGCGGGGCUCCCAAAGGCAACAAGCCAGCUAUCCUGACCUACCAUGAUGUUGGGCUCAACCACAAGUUGUGCUUCAACACAUUCUUCCACAAUGAAGACAUGCAGGAGAUCACCAAGCAUUUUGUGGUGUGCCAUGUGGAUGCCCCAGGCCAACAGAUUGGUGCCCCACAGAUGCCACAAGGGCACCAGUACCCCACCAUGGAUCAGCUCGCUGGGAUGCUUCCUAGUGUGGUGCAACACUUUGGCUUCAAGAGCAUUGUGGGAAUUGGAGUUGGAGCUGGUGCCUAUAUCCUUGCCAAAUUUGCGUUGAUUUUUCCUGAUCUCGUGGAAGGUCUGGUUCUUCUCAACAUUGAUCCCAAUGGAAAAGGCUGGAUCGACUGGGCCGCCACAAAAUUGUCUGGACUCACCAGUGCUUUACCAGACACUGUUUUGGCCCACCUCUUCAGCCAGGAAGAGCUUAUGAACAACACUGAGGUUGUACAGAGCUACCGUCAACAGAUCAAUAACACUGUCAACCAGUUCAACCUACAGCUCUUCUGGAACAUGUACAACAGCCGCAGGAAUUUGGAAAUGAACCGCAGUGGCUCUGUGUUGAAUGCCAAGACCCUGAGGUGCCCGGUCAUGCUGGUCGUUGGAGAUAAUGCUCCGGCUGAGGAGGGAGUGGUUGAGUGCAAUUCCAAGCUGGAUCCAACCAACACCACAUUCCUGAAGAUGGCUGACUCUGGCGGAAUGCCUCAGAUUACACAGCCUGGAAAACUCACAGAGGCAUUCAAGUACUUCCUGCAGGGGAUGGGUUACAUUGCUUAUAUAAAGGAUCGGAGAAUGAGUGGGGGGCCAGUGCCUUCGGCCAGUAUGACCCGUCUGGCUCGGUCGCGAACAGCCUCUCUGACCAGUGCCGGCUCUGUGGAUGGUUCUCGCAACCGUGCAUGCACACACUCAGAUAGUGGUGAGGGCGUCGGCCAGGUCAGCCACACCAUGGAAGUUUCCUGCUGAGCCUGCAUUCACUUCCUCACACGCACACAUUUAGAGAGGCACAACGUGAAAAGAAGGUCUGAGAAGAAUAUUUUCCAUGUCCUUUUCACUCAUUUUUGUUUAUCAGUGUUAGCCCUCUUAACUUGUAAAACAAAGACUUGAUAUCCUUCUCCCCUUUAGAACAGUGUCUGGUUCUCUCCGACUUUGUAAUACGGUUUCUUAUCACCAGGGUCCAAAAUUGACUGCCCAAACCUGCCGAUGGGGAGUGCAUUGAGAAAAUUGACUGGCCAAGAAAUAAACGUACAUUUAUUUUAUCAAAAUUAAUUUCAAUAUUUAUUUUUGUCCUUAUGACAAUGGCCUUUUUUAGCUGUUUUAUUACUUGCAUUUUAGUGACAAACAACGCAGGUCAUUGUGUCACUCGCAGCCUCAUAUACGCACUAGUCAAACUGCACCAGUCACAAAAACGAUCAUGAUUUUGUUCCAAAUAUAUCAGUUUUGCUGGCUUAAUGCAAAGAACUUUCCACACAUAUGUCACUUCUUGGCGACUUUAGGCAUCCUAGAUAAACUUCUGAUGUUACAUUUUUCACUGAGGUAAAAGUCAUAAGAAGACUUUUUUUUAUGUCUCUGAUUUGAAUUGCUCACAUCACUUACAUCAGCGAGGGUCAGAUUAUCAUUCUUACAGUUUGACUUACACCAUGUAUUAUUGCUGAUAACUUGUUAUUGAAUCGGUGAAGCCAGUUUUUACUCACACUUGACACUUGGUGAGUGUUAAUUUUGGACCCAGAUUUUUCGUGUCAGUAUAUCUGCACCCUUUGCUUGCUGCCUCUGGCCUUCACCUCUUCCUAAGACAAAAGUCCCAUCAGCCCCUGCUCUCACUCAUUCCUGUCCUAUGACAGUCUUUGUGGAGUAACUGAUGGAUUGGUAGGCCGCAAUGAGGGGAGUGAGUCAGAGGAAGAGAAUGAAACAAAGCAAGAAAAAGAGGAAGGGUGGGAGGGGGUCUUAAAAGAGUGACAUUUGUUGCCAUGUUAUAAAUGCUCUCCCUCUCUUUCUUGAGCGAAAUUGAAGCAAUUGUAUUGUCGAAGAGUUUGAAAGUCUUUUAACCAAUGAACAGCUGCUUUCGGCUAAUUGUCUCAGCUCAUUCAGUCUUUAGGAGUGUAUGUAUCACCACACAUUUAUAAACAAUAUUUAUUACACAUCGGUACACCGUGUCCUAACCAGGUGCAGAGUUUCUAUCGUUAAUUACUAAAGCUACAGUAUCACGUCAUUUUGUGUUACUUUUAUGACACUUUCGACUUAUUUGUCGGCUUGCGUGCUCUUCGGGUCUCGUACCUUGGUACUGCGCAUCGCAAGUGUAACACGAUCAGUUGAGUCACCUCGCUGAUGAAUGCUUAUAAAUUUUGUUGAGUAUGUUAUGCAAAUGUUUAAAAUGUAUUGUUAGGUGUCAGGCAUUAUAGUAAAAGUGUUUUGAUAUCAUAAGAUAGCUUUGUGUGAGAAACAGGGUGAAAAGUAAGUGUUAUUAACUGAUAUUCUGCCCUUUUGCUCGUGAUUUGUGUGAAAGGAAAUAAAAGUCAUUGUUGUUUUAGUGCCUCUAGUGUUCAUUUCACCACGAAACUGCCAUGAAACGUGCAGGUAUAGUUACUUACUUCUAUGAGACCAGGUAGAAAUUGCUGCAUGAAAAAGUGAGGUUUUGGACCAAUCACAUUAAUUUUCCAGGAAUGGAAACCAAGCGACUGAUAUCACAUUUAUAACUGAUUUCUCAGAUUAACAUAUAAGAAAUUGCCUGUAUCGUUUAUUGUUUUAUUGCAUCACGCCUGGUCAGGACACGUUUGCUAAAAUGCUAUAUUUAGUCGUUACUUUCACACUAUGCACAAGUAUAAUCAAGCACACUUUCAGAUCAUCAAAGAAGACAUACAACAGUAGUUAUAGUAGUGUGCACUCUCUGUCCUAUGAAGGUGGCUUUGCCUGGGAUUGGUUCUGUACGAUCUCCCUUUUAUAGACAAUCAGCUUCUGACCCAAACUGGAACUGUCGACUGAGGCAGAUCCUGUGUGGUGGGGUUUGCAGUUAGUUGGUUAGCAGUUAGUUGCAUUUAAGUUUUAGAAGUGUAGGCUCAAUGCUUUCCACUUCCCUUACAGCACCUAGCCCUGCACGAAGAAUAUACCAAAGUUACAGAAACAAAUGCACACACACAUACACUGGCGGCCAAAAGUUUGGAAUAAUGUACAGAUUUUGAUGUUUCGGAAGGAAAUUUGUACUUUAAUUUACCAAAGUGGCAUUCAGCUGAUCACACUGUAUAGUCAGGACAUUACUGAUGUUAAAAACAGCACCAUCACUAUUUGAAAAAAUUCAUUUUUGAUUAAAUCUAGACAGGCCCCAUUUCCAGCAGCCAUCACUCCAACACCUUAUCCUAGAGUAAUCAUGCUAAAUUGCUAAUUUGGUACUAGAAAAUCACUUGCCAUUAUAUCAAACACAGUUGAAAGCUAUUUGGUUCGUUAAAUGAAGCUUAACAUUGUCUUUGUGUUUGUUUUUGAGUUGCCACAGUAUGCAAUAGACUGGCAUGUCUUAAGGUCAAUAUUAGGUCAAAAAUGGCAAAAAAAGAAACAGCUUUCUCUAGAAACUCAUCAGUCAAUCGUUGUUUUGAGGAAUGAAGGAUAUACUGAAGAUUUCAUACAAAGGUGUACACUACAGUCUUCCAAAGGACAACUGGCUCUAACAGAAAGAGAUGUGGAAGGCCAGAUGUACAACUAAACAAGAAGAUAAGUACAUCAGAGCCUCUAGUUUGAGAAAUAGACGCAUCACAUGUCCUCAGCUGACAGCUUCGUUUGAAUUCUACCCGCUCAACACCAGUUUCAUGUACAACAGUAAAGAGAAGACUCAGGGGUGCAGGCCUUAUGGGAAGAAUUGCAAAGAAAAAGCCACUUUUGAAACAGAAAAACAAAAAGAAAAGGUUAGAGUGGGCAAAUAAACAGACAUUGGACAACAGAUAAUUGGAAAAGAGUGUUAUGGAUCUUAACCCCAUUGAGCUUUUGUGGGAUCAGCUAGACUGUAAGGUGCGAGAGAAGUUCCCGACAAGACAGCCACAUCUAUGGCAAGUGCUACAGGAAGCGUGGGGUGAAAUGUCACCUGAAUAUCUGGACAAACUGACAGCUAGAAUGCCAAGGAUCUGCAAAGCUGUCAUUGCUGCACAUGGAGGAUUUUUUGAUGAGAACUACUUGAAAUAGUUUGUUUAUAGUUUUUAUUUUUCACAUUAUUAAUGUCAUGACUAUACAUUGUGUUCAGUUGAAUGCCACUUUGGUGAAUAAAAGUACCAAUUUCUUUCCAUAAGAGCAAAAUCUGUACAUUAUUCCAAACUUUUGGCCACCAGUUUACAUGCACACACUCCCCGAAAAGGGCUGGGCUCUGCAAGGGAAUGGAGCUUUUGUAUGCACGCACACAAAACUCGCACGCAACUUACACAUAAAUAACACAGUAAGAUUCACAUUCAUUAGAAUCACUACAUAUUCAGGUAUUUAAAUAAGAUUACAGCCACAAAGUGCAUGCUUAUUUAAUAAUUUAGACCUAUCCAUUCACAUUGUCAUUUUUUGUGGUAUUUUACAAAGAACUGGUAAAUAUAUUGUUGCUUUGUUUAGCAACAGCACAAAUAAUUGUAGAAAAAGUACAGCAAACAGCAUACACUAAAAAUAUGGACGGAUGGAUGAAUUGUGUUAAAUUAUGGAAGUGACUGACAUGAGCUCAGAGCUGAUUGGCUGGCGCAGCUGCCUGAUUACAUUGACAAAUGAUGGUUGAAAGCGGGUUGAGGAACCGUUUCCAUUGUACACACACUUAUUGAAUGUCAAUUUCCUGCAGCUUCUUCAACCAGGAAGCACACAUUGUGACUUUUUUCAGGGGUGUUUCCUGUGUGUGUGUCUGUAAGGGGCGGGGCUUUCUGGAGCGUGUUGCUCCAAGCUCAGAAUGUAGGGCAAAUCCCACUACCAAAAAUCCCAAUCCUUAAAAACACAAUGUGCCCCGUCUCUCACAUACACGUCCAGUUGCCCCCAAAGGGCUAUUGACCCACACAACGCAUCGUAAUUACCUCACUCCAUGCAAAGCUGGGUGCAGGUUACUGUAGAUAAUGUACAAAGAGAGAAAUUAAUGCAUGAUAUGGAGUACAAGGUGACUGUCUCUGUAAGAAAAGGAAUGUGAAAGAGAGGGAGAGAUGGAAAAAGAGAAUGGAUUGAUGACGGACAGUGUUCAGGGUCAAAACAUUUUUUAAACCGUCUUGAACAGUCUUAAAACCAGAUUGAAAAGCAAAACUCUGUAAGGUUUUUUUUUUUUUUUUUUUUUUUUUUUAGUUUUAAACAAAAAUCUAUCAAACUUAUGUGAAAAGGUUUAUGCAUGAAAAGCAAUUUAUCAGGUAUGAUGUAUAAGAUAACACAUUUUAAGGAUAACGUUUAAAUAUUUUUACUGGAAAAGAAGACCAAAUACUAAAUAAGAAAAUAAUUUUCCUCCUUUAUUCAAAUUGUGCACAAACCGGGAGAGUGAAAGUCAAAUGCUAAAUUUCUAAAAGAACAACAUGGAAAACCAGGGAAAAGUAAAUAAAAAAAAUGGAAGAGUAUCCAAAUGGAUGGGUAUCCUCCUACAGACUAAAUGGACAAACACAAGUUCUUCCCCAGUAUUGACUGAGUAAUGCAACCUCAUGUUUGUGUCGUUUUCCUUUAUUUACUGUCUGAAGUAUGCAGUGUUAUCUCUUAUUAGAUGAAGAGCAUGCCACUAGCCCACCUUUCAAGGGUGCAUUCCCCCCCUCCCCCAUUCCUGAUCUCUGCCUGGGGUCCCUGAAUGUAUUUUGUCCUUUGAAAGUGCUGUACAGUAUUGUCAAUGUGGCCCCAUAUCUUUUCAUUUUUACUCAAAUCAGGGCUCGCACCAGUUCGACGUACCACACCUUACCUUCCGUUGCAUCCCUUUCCUUCUCAGUCUAUGUUCUACAUUGUAGAUAUUUGCUGUUUUUAGGGCAAAAAUCUAAAAAUAGGUCUCUACCACUAGCCUUGUCAUGUGGAACAGUUAAUUUAAGAUUCCCUCGAGUUCCUCUUUUGAUAAUAUACUAGUUCUUAUUUAAUCUUUUCUUGUGAACAUUCAAUGAGUAUUAAUAAUAAUAUGAUCACUGUUGUUACAACUAGACAUCGUUUUACAUUAAGCAAUAAGUUCUUUGUGUAUUUUUAUUAUUUUAUUUUUUUGGAAGGGAGGCUGGUUGUUAAAAAUAUGUGUAAAGAAAUGGUAGGAUUCAGUCUUAACCUGCUUUGCCAUAAUAAAAAUAUGAAGACUAAUGUGUAUAUGUAAUAUGUAUAUCUAUAUACAAGCUGUCAUUGUCUGUGUACUAAAAAAAAGCUGAACAUGCAACAAAUAAAAACAGACAUAAAAGCA